AUGGUCUACCACGGCUCGGGCCCGUCGCGCGCCUGGGGCCGGUCGCUGGACCUCUUCGCGCGCAAGGACACGAAGUCGCCGGCCGUCGACGUCGUCGUGACGACGUACGAGCAGAUCCUCCUCGACGACGCGGCGCCGCUGGCGCGCACGAAGUGGUCCGCGAUCAUCGUCGACGAGGCGCACCGCCUGAAGAACCCGCAGUCGCGGCUCUACCGCGCGCUGCACGGCGACGACGGCCGCUUCGCGUCCAUCUUCAAGCUGCUGCUCACGGGCACGCCGCUCCAGAACGACAUGCGCGAGCUCUGGGCGCUGCUCUCCUUCUGCGACACGGAGACCUUCGGCGAGGACCACGAGGAGUUCGAGGAGGACGAGGACGACGACGAGGCGGACGCGAAGCCGGGCGUGCUCUCGUCGCUGCUGGAGGAGAUGCGGCCCUUCGUGCUCCGGCGCGUCAAGGCCCACGUCGAGACGUCCGUGCCGCCCAAGGAGGAGAUCGUCGUCUCCGUCGCGCUCGCCGCGAUGCAGAAGCGGUACUACCGCGCGCUCUACGAGAAGAACGUGACCAUGCUCGCCGGCGGCGGCCGCGCCGUCGACGGGCCGUCGAUGAUGAACCUGGCCAUGGAGCUCCGCAAGUGCUGCAACCACCCCUUCCUGCUCAAGGGCGUCGAGUUCCGCGAGCUCGAGUCGUCGGGCCACGGCGUGGCCGAGGUCGACCGCCUCGUCGACGCGUGCGGCAAGCUCCAGUUCAUGGACAAGAUCCUGCCCAAGCUCUUCGACGAGCAGCGCAAGGUGCUCGUCUUCUCCCAGUUCACGAUGAUGCUCAACGUGCUCGAGGACUACCUCCGCGCGCGGGCCGUCGUCUACGGCCGCAUCGACGGCGGCGUCACGGGCCGCGACCGCCAGCGGCAGAUCGACGCCUUCAGCGACGCCGGCUCGAAGAUGCGCCUCAUGCUGCUGAGCACGCGCGCGGGCGGCGUGGGCAUCAACCUCGUCGCCGCGGACACGGUCAUCAUCUACGACAGCGACUGGAACCCGCAGAACGACGUGCAGGCCAUGGCGCGGUGCCACCGCAUCGGCCAGACCAAGAAGGUCACGGUCUACCGCCUGCUCACGGCGAAGACCUACGAGGCCCACAUGUACGACGUCGCGACGGCGAAGCUCGACCUCGACCGCGCGGUGCUCGACGGC